CGGUGACCCUCGGACUGUGGUGUGCAUUUGGACCGCAACGGGAUGAAGAUGAGUCAGUCUUUCCUGGCGUUCCUCAUACACAGCGUCAGGUCGGUCGUCGGUAUUGGUCGGGUUGCCGUUCUUGGUAUGUUCGUCAGUGGGUGUAUGCCUAUGACGUUGUGUCACAGACACAUACGCGCCGGCCUCCUGCAUCGGGAUUCCCUUAUUAGGUUAUUGAACGCCCAACAUCCGCGCCAUCGUCGGUCGCGAUCCUUCCCGCAGACCAACUCAUGCUGAUCCCCUCGGGCGAUCCUGUUUGAUGAUGAAUCCCUCGGUAAUUGACGCGCUACAGGCUCCCAGAUAUGGUGCUGGUUCUCGCGUGCUCCUUUGCAGCAUUUGACGAUCUACCUUACGCUUUCACUCACAUUCAUUAACUCAUCUGGGCGGGUGAACGUCCUGGCAAGGAACAUCCGUCUACACCCCUUACAGAAAUUUUACCUGUGCAGCGUAUAUGAAGGGCAAUAAGCUCGGCAAAGUGGUGGGUACCUCAUCCUUAGUUCGAGUCGGACUCACUCAAUGGCAUCCAACGUCAAAGCUUGUUUUAGGUGCAGGUGCGUACUGCAUCUACUCACACAGCAUCACCUUAGCUAACCUCUGUAACAGGCAGAAGAAGAUCGUACGCCUCCCAUACACCACGCGAACCUAUACUCAAUAUCCUAACUACGAAUAGAAAUGCGACAAUGUUCGCCCGAC